GAAGCAAUAAAUUUAGAUAAGAAGAAAUGUGGCUCGCUCAGAUGUCGUUGAAUAUUUUCCUGAUCCUGUUGCUGUUGAUGUGCCACGAGAAUAAAUUUCACCGCUGGAAGGUGGAUGCUCAACUCAGUGCGUUCAAACCGACCGUUUUCGACAAUUCCGAAUGGCGGUUAUUCUUUCAUCUGUACAGGAACAUCACCAUGAUGAUGGCCGGUCGUACGGGAUUGAAAACACAAGGCGAUUUUCUGCAGACGCCAGUCCCGGACAGUGCCCCUUUCCCCUGUGAUACAUCGACAGGAAAAAGUCGCGAGCCGCCAUCCAGUGUCCACAAGUUGAGACCAGGUGAUAUCAACGUGAUUGCCGCGAUCGGAGAUUCGGUAAUCACAGCCAGCGGAGCAUCCGCCACUAGUUUCCUAGAGUUAUACACAGAAAACCGGGGACUAUCCUGGUGCAUCGGUGGCCAGUGGAACUGGCGAAAUGCCACCACACUUCCUAACAUUUUAAAAGUUUAUAAUUCUAAGUUGGUAGGUUACUCAUACCGCGAUUCAUACAGUUUCCACUGGGAUUCGCAGUUCAAUAACGCAGAAAUCGGUGCCAUCUCCAAAGAGCUUCCCCACAUGGCGCGUCAGAUGGUGACGCGAAUCAAAUCUGAUCGGCGGGUGAACUUCAAGAAAGAUUGGAAAAUCCUCACGCUGACCAUCGGAGGCAACGACAUCUGUGCAUAUGUGUGCACGAUGAGAAAUCCGGAAUCACUGCCGAUGAAACAUCGUAGGAAUCUUCUGACGACGCUCCGUUACCUGAGGGACAACUUGCCGCGGACGUUUGUUAACAUUGUUUCCAUGCCGGACGUGGAAAAGGUGGUAUCCCUGCCGGGAAAGCCAACUAUAUGUUGGAUUUUGCACCAUGGCGAGUGUCCUUGCUGGGUUGGCCCGAUUCACAAUUCUACGGAAUCCUCCCGAUCCAGAUGGGCUCGCAUUCAGAGACAGUACAAAAAGGUUGAGGAGGAAGUACCGCAGAUGGACGAGUUUCGUGGACUCGACGAAUUCGCCGUGGUGCAUCAACCGUGGACAAAGCGGCUCACUUUAAAUGAUGACAAAGGAGUUGACUAUACGCUGCUUUCCUAUGAUUGUUUUCAUUUGAGUCAGAAGGGUCAUGCUCGUGCAGCUGCCGCUCUGUGGAACAACAUGCUGGAGCCACCCGGCAAGAAACGUGAAAACUGGGAUCCACCGUACGUGAACUUCCGAUGCCCUACGCGGGAAAACCCAUACUUCUACACAUACGACAACAGCUAACAACAACAAACCAAAUUGCGUUAUCCAUAGUGCAAACGGAACAUAAUAUCCAACCAUCCAUCGACAAAGUGUUAAUUAUGCAAUGGCAGAGAAUCAAUAAAUAACACUAAAUGAUAACAAUAAUAAUGACACCGUUGCGAUACCAAUGAA